ACCAAACCCACACCUGCCUCAACUAAUCGGGUCAGAUCAGGUCAUCGGGAAGGCCGCCAUGGACGACGAGGAGCACGAGGUUUACGGCCAGGAGAUCCCUGAGGACGGCGAUAUGGACGGCGCUGACGUUGAUAUGGCCGCCGCCGGGGACGACGCGGCGAAGCUUCAGGAGCUUGACGAGAUGAAGCGCAAGCUGAAGGAGAUGGAGGAGGAGGCCGCCGCCCUCCGCGAUAUGCAGGCCAAGGUCGCCAAGGAGAUGCAAGGAGGUGACCCUAGUAUAUCUACAGCUGAGGCGAAGGAGCAGGUGGAUGCCCGGUCUGUGUAUGUUGGAAAUGUUGAUUAUGCUUGCACCCCAGAAGAAGUGCAGCAGCAUUUCCAAGCUUGUGGAACUGUCAACAGGGUGACAAUCUUGACUGACAAGUUUGGGCAGCCAAAAGGUUUUGCUUAUGUUGAAUUUCUGGAACAAGAAGCUGUCCAGGAAGCUCUGAACUUGAAUGAAUCGGAAUUGCAUGGUCGACAGAUUAAGGUUGCGCCGAAGAGGACUAAUGUCCCUGGGAUGAAGCAGCGUCCACCACGCGGGUAUAAUCCCUACCAUGGCUACCCUUAUAGAUCAUAUGGAGCACCGUACUUCCCCCCAUACGGUUAUGGGAGGGCUCCUAGAUUCCGCCGCCCUAUGCGCUACAGACCUUACUUCUGAAGUACGUGCGGGGUAAUAAUGUUCAAUGCAAAACCAGCCAUGGUUAGUGGUCAGUCUCGGGAAUAAUUAAACCUACUGCUGUAUCGUUUGCGCUGUUCAAUAGUUGACAUCGUUGCGGUUCAAUGCUCCUUUACCAGCUGCCUUUUCUGACCUCUGUUCUCGCAUAAGCGACAUGUAGACACAGGACGUAGGGUUACAAUUGUUUGCAUUUUCUGUCAUUCUUGAUUCUGAUGACCCUAUACAGCACUCA